CAACUAUUUCAUAUUUUCAACUAAUGUGGUUUGAUCUUCAUUAUGUCUACAAUCUCUCGUUUACCUGAAUCUACCACUCGACUCAUAUGUUCACCCUUAGCUAUUACAACUCCAGUCACUUUAGUGAAAGAGCUCCUAGACAAUUCAAUCGAUGCUAAGGCUACAUCGAUUGAGGUCAUCAUCUCUGCAGACACGGUGAAAAAGAUCGAAGUUCGGGACAAUGGAAUCGGUAUCCACCCAGACGACUACGAUGCGCUUGGAAGACGUGGUCAUACGAGCAAACUCAGGAGCUUUGAGGAACUGAGGACUCAUUUUGGAAAAACACUCGGCUUUCGUGGAGAAGCACUAGCCAGCGCAAAUUCCUUAGCCGAAGUCACUGUCACUACUAAAAUCGCUUCGGAGCCUGUGGCAGCUAUCCUUCACAUUCGAUCAGAUACGGGAGGCAUACUGAAGCAACACCCAACCUCAGCACCGGUUGGAACUACUGUAAGUAUAUCCGGGCUUUUUCAUCAACUGCCGGUUCGAAAACAGGUGGCUAUCAAGGACUCGGCAAAAGCGAUAGGCAAGAUCCGCGAACUGCUAUGUUCUUAUGCCAUGGCAAGACCGCAACUAAGAUAUUCACUUAGGGUCUUACAGCUCCCUAAACAGAAUUGGAACUACUCGCCAAAAUUGCGCUGCAGUGUGAAAGAAGCGGCUGUCCAGCUGUUUGGUCCAGAUAUUACGACUUAUUGCUUCGAGAAGACAUUUGAGAUGAGUGAUCUAACUAGCAGCAACGACCCUUCUGUCAAGCAUCAGCAAACUCUACCAUAUUGUAAAUAUGUGUUUGAAGCCUUCAUUCUAAAGCCGGAUUCAGACCCUCCCAAAAUUUCGAAGCAACGCUAUUUCUCUGUCGAUAGUCGCCCUGUUACGGCAAAAAGGGGUACCAUGAAGAAAUUAUUGGACAUCUACGUUGAGCAUAUCAGUGUCCCUUCCCAACAAGAUACUUCAAGCGCAAAACCCAAAAACUACUUCAUUCGGUUAAAUAUAAAAUGUCCCCCUGGAAGUUACGAUGCUAAUAUAGAAGCGUCUAAAGAUGAUGUAGUAUUCUCAGACGAGAAAAUAGUACUUGGCGGAUUCAAGGACUUGUGUAAGGAGGUGUACAAAACAUCCCCGUCCAUUAAUAUACAUUCACAGUUAUCAGCCAAAAGGAGUUCCAUUUCAAACAACAGGGACGACUCAGGAGCUCGAAAGCCACUACCCACAGGGACCAAAGUUAAGUCCAUCUCCAACGGGGUUGAAUGCCUUAGUCCGCCGGUACAGACACCAAGCCAAACCAUAGUACAACCGAUACUACAAGGCCAACAGGCCCUUAUUGUCUCCCAAUCACCACCUGCUCUGUUGAAAGAUACAGGGAAGCAUACGCAUAACCCUGUAUCUGUCGGACUUACGCCGAACAAUAUUCAAAGAUCACCUACUCAAGCGGGAUCUACACACACUCAAAGUCUCCAAGACAAACUAUCAAAUACCGGAUUUACUCGAUGCAGAGUUGACAUGUCUACAGAUUUCAAUGAGUAUAGCCACAAUGAUCUCCGGAACAAGCUUCCCCUCCCUACCCAGGCACCACCCACUCUCCAAGAGAAACUAGAUGCAGUCAAAAACUCGGCUCCGCAAGAUGUAAACCCGUGGAUUAUCGCAAAGAUGAAUGCGCCUAUUCCUAGUCGGAUCAGUAAUGAACCAACCGAACAGAGUAGCUCGCCACUGCCAGCAUUCGAACCUCCAAUGACUCCAGAUCCUCCCAUCCUUCGUCACGUAGGAGCAGCACCACGAGACCUCGAUGUCCCCCCAAGCCAGCAACACUUGGAAUCACAAGGUCAUUUACGUCAAUUACGGUCUAGAGUACCAGGCGGCCCAUACCGUAGCCCAAUAUCAAGCCCGUCUGGGAUGACUUCACAGGAUGCCAUGGGUAGUAUUACAAUGCCUACCGCUCUGAAGCCGCGACGACGCCGCAAUACCCUCCCCUGGUCACCACCCUCAUCUAUCGAGGCGUCUGUAACAAGAAAAGAUCGAUUAACAAAUCCAAGAGACGAGUUCAUUGCAGAUGGUAUGAAACAGACAACGAUAUCCUUCCAAGGUGCUGGAGGGAACCGCAAACGUCAAUUACAAGAGGAUAGUAACGCUAUCAAUCAUCAAGGUUCGCAAGGUCAGGAACAUCAGGGGGAGAAUUGGUUUCAAUAUGUACCAAUACCGACAAAUGAUGAUUUCGGCCAUAAGAUUUCACUGCAGAAGGCACCUUACGUCCCCGAGAAGAAGCAGCAUCAGGUCCAUGUCAACCCAGAGGUGGCCCAGGAUCGACCAUGUGUUCAGUUACGCAAGCAUCACCCCCAAGACGAAGUCAAUUCCUCUAAGGUAAACGAGCCUAUCAAUACAACUUUAGCCAGUGGUGACCCUCGGGCAUACCUCUUACGCCGUCAAAAGUCAAUGGCUGCAGAAGAGAUGGGUAUAAAGCCAAAGAAAAUUCGAAGAUUAAAGAGCUCUCUCUUACCCCUAGAAAAUAUCCCCUCGUAUGACCAGACUCAUUCUCUAGCUAUUAUCGAGGUGUGGGAUGCUGAAACCUUGCGCAUCUUCGUCAAAAAGUAUGCGACGUACGAUAGAUACGUCACAAGGGGGAUUGUAGAAAAUGGUCUUGAGAUGAGUCUAGAAGAAGGCCGCGACGUUGAGAAGCGACUCAAGUCAGUCUUCCUUAAACAGAUGGGCGCAGUCAAUGGCGAAGAGUCCGUUCCUGAAAUCAACAUUUGCUCUUUUCUAAAAGGUAAAGGAGCUACAGCUAGUUCGUAGACCGAGUAAAGCGGUGUACUGUCGUUGGUACACGACAUAUCAAGCAGGAGAUCUAGUUUGCUUAGGUGGUUGCUUUAGCUAUAAGUAGAUGUAAGUUACCUCUAGAGAAACUUGAAGUCUUGAGGACUGUGGGGUAAUGGUGACAUAAUGGUGGUUUCUAAUUACG